AUGUGCAGUGCUAGUACAUCUUCCAACACGACAGUGGUAGGGACUGAAAGCGAUAUUGAAAUCAUAGACCCUCCCAGUACCUAUGUUUCGGCGAUGGAAUUCAGUUCGUAUCAUACGAUUCGAAAUAAUUAUCUCGCCGCGAGUUGUUUCGACCGAACAGUUCGUCUUUGGGAAGUCAGACGGAGCCGCAAAAACGAGCCAAAAACGGUGAUAGAAAUGCCAAGUCUAAUUUUAGACAUCGCCUGGAGUAUUCACGGUAGAGGUGUUUAUAUGGCGUCUAUUGACAACCAAUUGCAAUUCAUAGAUUUCGGAAAACCUAAUAUUUUGUUAUAUUCUGCAAACAAUUAUCACGAUGGACCCGUAAGAACCUGUAAUGUUAUAAAAAAAACUAAUUACAUUUCUUGUAUCAUGACUGGAUCGUGGGAUAAAACAAUAAAGAUAUGGGAUUCUAGAUGCAUUGAACCCGUGGUAACCAUUAAUUUGCCCUACAAUAUUGCUUGUGCUGAUGUGGAAGAUGAUAUGGCGGUUGUCUGUACGGAACGAGGGAUGAUUUACGUUUAUGAACUAGGACCUAGGAUUAAGAUGACAGCGUAUUUCAACACUCAUCAAAGUGAAAGUUGUAGUGCUGCAAUAUUCAGAGAUAGGAGAACAGGAAAACCUGCUGGUUUUACAUUGGGGACCCCAGAAGGAUUUAUUAUCCCAAUAUAUAUUGACAAAAGUCACGACGUCCCUAAUGUAGAGAUAGCAAUGCCUUUAAAUAACAAUGCCGCAGUUAAUGAUAUUAAGUAUCAUCCAAUCAAUCAUGUAACAGCAGUUCUUGGAUCUAAUGGUCAUUGCUCAUUUUUCAAUAUGGAACCACCGGGAGCUACCAUACUUUUAGAUAAAUGUUGCCAAGCAUCUAUUAAUAAAUGUUGCUUUAAUGUGGACGGCACCAUUUUUGCUUAUAAUACGUUUCGUGACAAUUCACAGGUAUGUCAAUUAAUAAGCCAAAUCAAAUGUAUAAUGUGA